CGGACGAAAAGGGCCGGCAAAGAGAUUGCAGGUGCCACCUACCAGAAGAUGGUAGAAUACCCCGUCGGCGGGGGUGUCUUCGAUGACGUCGUCCUUGGCCACGACGUCCUGGCACAGGCUAUGCCCGCCAAGGAUCGGGCUUACCUGAGGAAGCUCGUGGAUGUGAAUAUCUACGAGGGCGGCAUGGACCUCCUCGUCCAAAGUGCCUUCAUGCUAAUGGAGAGCCACAAGAGGCAAUACCGAGAGAUAGCUCGCUUGAAGGAGCUGGAGCAGAAGGCCGCCUCGGCCGACGAGGCGGUUGCUUGCCUGGACCGGCUCUGGGAGGAUGCCAGGGCGUUGCAGGCCAAGGCCGAUGAAGCCGCCGCAGCCAGGGACGAUGCCCUGGCCAAGCUCGAGGAGAGCAAAAGGGAGCUUGAGGAGUCCCAAAGGGCCCUGGAGGCCGAGAGGCGCAAGAGCGAGGAGGCCGUCAAGGCGAAGGCGGAGGCCGAGGCCGCCGUUGUGAGGGCUGCUGACGAGGCCGUCGAGAAAUUCCUGGCCGAGGGGUGGAAGGCCGAUGAGAGGCUCCCCUAGUGCUACGAGGUGGUGGCCGCCAGGCUUGAGAGUUGGGGGAUGAACUCCCCCGCCGGCCAGGAGUAUUUCAGCCGAGAGAUGUCCGUGUAUUAUAACCUUGGCCAGGAGCGGAUGCAAAGGCUCCUGUGUCGGCGGCUCUCUCGUGCUUUGAAAGCCAUGAACUAUACGUCUGGGUGGGCUAGACGGAACCUGAAGCUGCCGAAGCUGAUGAAGGAUCCAGAAGAGCAGGCAAAGCUUCCGUUGUCGGAGCGGGAGUCCCCAAUUGAAAGCUCGGGCCUUGGCGAGCCGGAUUACACCGAGUUUGAUUUUUUGGACGAUGCCACAAGUGCUGCAGCCACCGCCGGCCAGGAGGCUGAGGCCGAAGAGGGAGCAGACGAGGCCGAAAAGCCAGCCGCAGAUGGAGGUGCUCCAGAGGCUUGAUCGGCUACUCCUUUGUAGUUAGUUUUCAUUUUUGCCCAAAUGAUGUAACG